GUCAAAGAAUGUCCUUAUCAGUAUAUCGGUGAGGCUGAAACGAGUUAGUCAAGUCAACUAAAUUAAUUUGGGCGGCAGUUCAUGUUCGGGAUGACAGGGACCACUAAGAGUAUAUUCUUGCGUCCAUCUAACAUAAGUCUGCAAUCCUUUUUAUGUGGUACGUGCAAUAUUAGUUCAUGUUCGAGGUUUGUGUUUACAUGUGAAAAUCCACGUCAGUUGCUAACAGUUAGGACGCCAGGCUUGACUUUUCUUCCUCCUCGCGCAUAUGCACCCAAAACAUCCUAAGUUUAACCAUUCCACAACAGUAUAUUAGUCCAGCCAGAGAUAAUUAAUCUUCCCUUGUUCUGGUUUCCACUUCUUCCCUGAUCUUGCCUUUGCUAAGCUUCCAUGGCUAGCUCUCGUGUGUUUCUUCUCUGUGUUGCCCUGCAAGCAUUAGCCAUGGCUUCCACACUUUCAGCCCUUCUAAUGAAAACUGAACUGCUAGAUGUUCAAGGGCAAACCUUUUGCCCUUCUUCUUCCUGCGGGCUUCUCCAAGACAUUCGAUAUCCUUUCCGUAAGCGAGGUGAUCCACCUGGUUGCGGUUUUCCAGAAUACGAGCUGGUUUGUAUUGAUAACAAGGCUAUAAUUUACAUCAACCGUGGAAAAUAUUUUGUGACCAGCAUCUCCUAUACUGACAAUACAUUCUGGGUUGUUGAUGCCAAUUUGGAUAAUAGCAGUUGCCCCAUUCCUGAGAGUAGCCAGUAUCCUUAUGCAUAUGGUUUGCAGUCUGAAAACAUCACCCUGCUGUAUCCUGAUGCAAUUACUUGGGCUGCCUUUGUGAGUUGUUCAGAGCUGAUAAGAAGUAAUGCUGUUUCCUUAUACACCAGUGUCAUGUACAAACCUGUUGAUUGCAGGAGUACGAAGAAUUCUCUAGUUUAUGUUUUCAUCACUAAAUACUCUCCUGAGGUUGGAAACAUCAAGCCUUCAUGCAGAUACUUGUCCAUGACUCCUUUGGGCAGUUGGCAUGUGAGGGCACCAGAUAAUGCAAGUUUUGAAGAUGUUGUAAUCUUUAUGAGGAAUGGAUUUUCUGUUAGAUUUCCUGAGCAAAUUGAAGACCGCACGUACCGUUUUAUCAUUAACCUAUGCCUGAACGAUUCAGUGAGCUACUUCUACACUCAAAUAUCUAGUUCAAGCAUCCUGAAUCAGACAUCUGCAAUUGUGGGGAUGGACCUGCAUUUCUUAAGAUGUGUAAACGAUUACUCCUACCGGACUAAAUUAUUUUGGACUGCGGUGGCCGUAGUAUCUAUUAUGGACAUUUUGAAGUUCAUGAUCGUACUUGCAAUACUAUCAAGGUUUGUGUUUUCACCAUUAGCUGUAUUCACCUUCCUCGGCUACAAAUACUGGAAAACAAGGAUAUCCAUUGAUGCAGUUGAGAAGUUUCUCCAAAUGCAACAAACUCUUAGCCCAACAAGAUAUGCCUAUACAGAUAUAACUGCAAUCACAGGGCACUUCAGAGAGAAGCUGGGCCAAGGAGGCUACGGGUCUGUGUACAAAGGUGCCCUUCCUGGUGAUGUUUUUGUUGCUGUCAAAAUGUUGGCCAACUCGUGCUGCAACGGAGAUGAAUUUAUCAGCGAGGUUUCCACCAUUGGAAGUAUCCACCAUGUCAAUGUAGUGCGCCUCGUGGGGUUUUGCUCGGAGGAAAUGAGGAGGGCGCUCGUCUACGAGUACAUGCCCCGUGGAUCUCUUGAUAAGUACAUCUUCUCUGAGCGAAGUUUUUCCUGGGAUAAACUCAAUGAAAUAGCUCUAGGCAUCGCCAGAGGAAUCAGUUACCUGCAUGGAGGAUGUGAUAUGCAGAUACUGCACUUCGACAUCAAGCCACACAACAUCCUUUUGGACAGUAACUUCACUCCUAAAAUUGCUGACUUUGGGCUGGCCAAACUGUACCCAAGGGACAACAGCUUUGUGCCGGUGAGCGCUGCUCGGGGAACGAUUGGGUACAUAGCUCCUGAGAUGAUAUCUCGUAACUUUGGUGUUGUUUCGUGCAAGUCAGAUGUUUACAGCUUCGGCAUGCUCUUGCUGGAGAUGGCUGGGGGCCGGAGAAACUUCGAACAACAUGCAGCAAGGAGAAGCCAGACAUACUACCCAGCUUGGGUGUAUAGUCAUAUAUCUCGGAAAGAGUUAGGCGGGAUUUGCGAAGCUUCUGACAUCCAUGAGGUGGAGAGGAAGCUGUGCAUUGUGGGUCUAUGGUGCAUCCAGAUGAAACCUCAUGAUCGGCCGACAAUGGCUGAGGUCAUAGAGAUGCUUGAAGCUGGCGUUGAUGCCCUGCAGACACCACCCGAGCCAUUCUUCUGUGGGUUUGAGCAGGAUUCUGCAGCCGACAGCUUCCAAUUCUCCACCUCGGAGUUGAGUGCGAUCUCAGAGUUGAGUGUUACUGAUUCCACGAGGUGAAUUGCCAAUUUGCUAUACAAGUAGCUAGAAUCUGAAAUCUGUAGUGACUGUUGUAGUCGAAUGCUGCUUGCCUUUUCAAACUUUUUUUGGCGGCUU